GCAACAUCUGAAUCGUCUUGAGGUCGUCCGAAGGUCAUACGCGUCUGUUGUGUAGCUCUUUUGCACAUUGAUGUCUGAUGGUGAAUACCUUCCUGAUGGUUCUUUAAUUGACUUAGCUGGAGUAGACUGGAGAGACGAUAUAUUACCUUUUGAACUCAUUUUGGUUAAACCUAACUCACUUCCUGAUCCAGAACCCCAACCUCUUGGUACUCAGCGGUGUUCUGAAAUUUCGAAUUCAGAUAUUUUUGAUAACAUUCGCUGGAAUGAGCUUGAUCUAGAUAGCUUGCUUUCUCACCUUAAUCUUCCUCCGUCUUUGUAAUCAUUGUGUUUACAGACUGUUAACUUUGCUAAUAUGACAACAACAUGGUCAAAAUUAAUUUCCCGGGCUGAAAAGUUAAUUGGAGGUCCCUCACCAUAUAUAAAUUUAGGGAAUAUAUUAUCUUCUGAAGCUGGUUCUUUAGCAUCGCGGGCUCGACGACUGGCAGGAAAUGUUAACCAUCCAUUUUUCUCAACCGUACGCUCGUGUCUCCGAGGCAGAUAUGUUAACAACUUAUUUUCUAUUUCCUCUGCUAUAUCAGAUCGUUUUUCAAAAUCUGUAACAUCUGAACGUCCCUCUGGUGGACUGAUUAUACUUUUAGUUGGCCAGUCAUAUGCUAGUCCCACAAACUCAACAAAAUUGUGUAGUCAACAUCGUAGUAUCUCAGAAAUAUUCGAGACUGUUCAUACUGCAGUAGCUAUUCAUAAAAGUUUAGUCAAUUUAAAUGAUUUGAACCAAAACACUGAUGACAAUGAAACAUGGUUGAAAAAUAUGGAAAUCUGCAAUAAAUUGGCAACCUUAUCUGGAGAUGUUCUACUUGCAUCUGUCUCUACCAGCUUAGCUGAAUUGCAUCAUGCUAACGUUGUUGGUGUCGUGUCUGAAGCAAUCGGAAAUAUGAUGGAGGCUGAAUUUCACGAGUUAGCUACCAAUUUAAAUGUAUCACAUACCAAUAAUUACAAUCAUGUUAAAAGUAGUAUUGAUGUCAAUUCAACUGUAACGUUUAAUAAAAUAUAUGAACUAUCGAAAGAAAAGUGGCUUUCUUUUGUACAAUUAUCACGUGGUGCUCUUUUGGGAAGUUGUUGUGAAGCUGCUUUAAUUCUUACCGAAAACCAUAUAUCUAACCUGUCUAUUACACCAACAAAUAAAAUAUAUCCAGAUUGGGAUAAUUUUUGCUCUAUUGCAAAUAAUUUUGGAUCAACAUGGGCUUGUUUAAUACGGUUGACUGAAGAGAGGGAACAUAUUCAGCGCACUUGGUCCACCAAUCAAACUACUGAUGCAUAUUGGUCUGUAAAAAAAGAAAUGCAAUAUAUGAAAAACAAUAUGUAUGGGUACCAAACAGUUAUUCCAUCUUAUUCAGAAUAUGGUUUAAGUGAACCAACAUUUGCAGAUGCUCUGCUACUCUCUUUGUCUUCAUCAGAAACGCAUUAUAAACUCAUUGAUAUUCUUGAUGAAGUCCUAUCAGAAUAUAAUAGAAUCGGACAUGAAUUAGCUCAGAAAUUACGUGAAUAUUUUAAUCAGAUUGUUUUCAAUGCAGAACAAUUCAAUAUUAUUAGUGAUAACAUUAACUCUAUUCAUAUAAAAGAAAAUAGUAAUUGUUCGCCCGGUAUACUGUUGUUAGGUGAAAUGGUAGACAAACUUAUCACUGAUUGUAAUCGUUCUUCAUGAAAAGUUGAAUAGAAAAACUAACAAACAAACAAUCAUAAUUUUACUAGUUCUUUGCUUAAUCUAUCUAGUUCUCUCCUGCAGUUUUCGUUCGGUAUAUAUAUAUAUAUAUAUAUA